GUUGUGUUUAUCGUGCUUGUGCUUGUGCUUGUGUGUGUCCAGUUGCUUUCCGUCGAGUAGUGUCCACACAGUCGGUACAGGAUGAAGCUCUUCCGUAGCGCCAGCAGUGCCCUGCUGUUCGUCCUGAUCGUUGGCCUUGCCUGGAGCCAGCAGCUCGAACAGGAGGAUGGCGAAGAGACGAGCGAUCUGGAGACGGCGGAAUCGGCGUUCCACAUUGAUCCGAAAACUGUGAUCUUGACGGGAUUGGCCGGAAUCGGUGGGCUGGUUGUGACGGGCGUCGGUCUGGGAAAGCUGCUGCUGCUGGCCAAGGCGGGCAGCAGCUUCGGCCACAGCUCCUCCAGCGGCUGGGACAGUUCAUCCUCCUCCUCUUCCCAUCCUUCCUAUCCUUCGUACAAGUCGUACUCGAGCAGCUACUCGUCGGAUGAGCCCAAGUCCACCUCGUACUCGGGCUCGCUCAAAGUGACCGGUUCGCUGUCGCCGGUGCACUAGCGCGCGCAGAUGUGGAGCGUACGAUCGCGGUUUCCUGUUCCGUUGGGAGUUGCGGCGGCAGUCGUGCUGCUGGCCAGUUUUUGGAGUAAUCUAGCUCUAAGGUUAGGGCAUCGUGCGUUAGCGUUGCAUAUACGUGCGGCACCGUAAUGGCAUGAGGAUUAGAAGAAGAAGAAGAAAAAAAACACUGUUACUGUU